UCAAUUGACAACAACAGCAGGCCACCCACAGGCUUCAAGUCUAACUUUGCUGACGGCGGGAGGCAGGAAAGAAACACACAAUGUCGUGGUUGUUUGUUAUUUUCCCUUUUCUCAUUCUUCUGACUGAAGUAAACGGCAAACCACCACACGUUGUUUUCAUGGUUGUCGAUGAUCUAGGCUGGAAUGACGUGGGCUUCAACAACCCGGACAUCAUAUCCCCAAACAUCGACAGCCUGGCUCAUGAUGGCGUCAUCCUCAACCAUGCCUACGUGCAGCCCCUCUGCUCACCGUCACGGAGUGCAUUUAUGACCAGCUACUAUCCAUUCAGGCUGGGGUUGCAGCAUAUGGUGAUCAACAACGAAGCCCCUGUGUGUGCUCCCCUGGACAAGACGUUCUUGCCCCAAGUCCUCAAGAAGAACGGCUACGCCACACACAUAGUGGGAAAAUGGCAUCUUGGGUUCUGUCGCUGGGAAUGCACGCCCACCUACCGAGGUUUCGACACAUACUACGGCUACUACAACAGUGCUGAAGAUUACUACAUCAAAGUUCAGGCACAAGGCUUUGAUUUCCACAUCAACGAAAAGAUCAACUGGGAUGCUGUAGGGAACUAUUCUGCUUACCAGUACGGCGAUGCUGUGGAGAAUGUGGUGAGACAACAUGAUCCGACUGCACCCCUCUUCUUGUACUUUCCCAUACAGUCAGUGCAUGAACCACUGGAGGUUCCCUUACAUUACUACAACAUGUACCCAAACAUCACCAACGAUGGAAGACGGAUAUUUUCAGGCAUGGUGACGGCCGCGGACGAUGUGGUGGGCCGACUGGUCAAGGUGCUCAAAGACAGGGAUAUGUUUGAUGACACCAUUUUCUUCUUCACCGCCGAUAAUGGUGGCUGGGUACCGUACCACGGGAACAACUACCCCCUGAGGGGAGGCAAAAUCACCAUCUGGGAGGGUGGCACCCGCGUGCCUGCUUUUGUGCACGGGAAACCUCUACAGAAGACUGGAGUGAGAUAUGAUGGACUGAUGCAUGCGGUCGACUGGUUCCCCACGAUUCUGGAGGCAGCGGGAAUAAAUUACUCUGACCCGCACAGAGACGGGAUCAGCCAGUGGCAGUCCAUCACGUCACUGUCCGCCUCCAGACGCUCCGAGUUUGUCUAUAACCUGGACAACUACACCACUCCCAACCAGGGACACGCAGCCAUCAGAGUGGGCGACUUCAAACUGAUCGUAGGUUACCCCGGCCUGUACAACGACUGGUACAAACCGGAGGAAGACUGGCCGGGACCCCCGCCCAGCUCGGACUACUCGGACCUGGACUCACAAAUGGACCCUCACACCUACUCCAACUGGACCAAGUUCAGGGGCCUCUACAACAUCAAAGAUGACCCGUACGAACACAACAACUUGUACGACAAACUCCCAGAGGUUGUAGAAAAGCUCAAGGCGCGGAUGUCCCACUACUACACAAUGAUGGUGCCGGCUAACUACCCACCCAACGACCCCAAAGCUGACCCCAACAACUUUGACCUCUGGUGGCAGCCAGGCUGGUGUUGAGAGGUCAAGAGGUCAUCCCUGUGCUCACUGCAGGGGUGUAUUUGUGCGACAUCUUUGUGUGCUGUGAGUUUAUAAUCAGUGAGGAUAUUUUCUUAGAGGAAAAAGACAAUCACUCAAAACCGUAUUGUUGAGAUGAGAAGAAGCAGUAUUAUUGUUGAUGUUGUUGCUGGUUUUACUUUUAAUAUUAGGUCUGUUAUUGUUAUUGAUGUUAGGUCUAUUAUUAUAAUUGAUGUUAUAAUAUUUGUUGUAUUUUUUAUGAAAUUUUUAAUUUUGACUGGGCAUCAGAUUCAAAGCAGCUGAUACACUUUGUCAUAUUUGUUGUUAUGAAAAAGGGUCUUACUUUUUGCUUCAUGGUUAGUUAGUGUCUUUUGGCCUGGCUACUGAAGUAAUGUUAUGUUUUUAUGGUCAGAGUAGACUUUGUUUAACACAGAAUUCCUGCUUACACGAAAGGGUUUCAAAUACCCUUAUUACUUCUCUUAAUUUAACCUGAAAUCUGCUUAGCACAAAAAAUUCUCUGUUCUUGUGAAGUUUAUAUAAUCAGAUUUUGCUCUAUAUACGUGAGAGAAACCAGACUUCAAGUGUGACGUGAUUGCGAA